UUUACCUGCAGGAGGAAGCCAAAGACGGAAACUACCAGAAAGAAGGGAGAGGAGGAAACAAAACCAAUCAGCCAACAGAACAAAAGAGAAAGGAGUUGUUGUUCAGUGUGAUCCAGCUGUUGCUUUGUCUUAAAUGGACUUUAUAGAAAAGUUGGAGACUUUAAGAGAAACUUUGGAGUUUGUUUCACUACCUUUUUGGCAUUACAAAGGUGUGAGUAAGAGGAGUGGGACGUCAGAGUGGAGGGAGGAGCUGCAGGACUCUCCAUGUAUGGACUCUCACUCUGUUCAUAUGGUAAAUAGAAGGUCACAUGGGGCAGUAGUCUUGGAGCAGUGAAGGAAAAAGGGAGGGAAAGGAACAAGGAGAGAGAGAUACACUGAAGGACUUUGGCCUGCCCCAUGUGCAGGAGCCGGCACUUUCACCCCGAGUUUAGAGGACACUGGAUUACACCACAAAUAGCAAACGAAACAUCUCAAGUGUCAUGUUGUGGUUAAACUGAAGUUUUAUCUGCUUCACCAGGGGACUGAUUGGGCUCGUCUUUUUAUUUUGCUUCCUUUGGAUACUUUUUUUCCUUCUUCGCUGUUGGGGUGAAAGUCCAGUAUCAUCCCAGUUGUUCAUCACCGGAGAUCUCUUAGUGUUUUCUUCCGGGUAACAGAAGGAACCAAGAUGCCCACAAACUUCACCGUUGUGCCCGUGGAGGAUGUGGAGGACAGCAGCAGCAGCAGUGGGGCAACAGCUGGAGCCAACAAACCUGCCAGUCUGGGCAGAAUCUUUGCAAACGCAGAGGAUGCAAACCACUUACAAGAGCCUCCUUCAGGAGACGACAAUCACAAAGAAUCCAGUCCAUUCAUUAAUUCCAACAGUGACAGAGAGCCUUAUUAUGAAGGCAAGAACAUGGCCCUGUUUGAGGAAGAAAUUGACAGCACCCCGAUGGUUGCAUCUCUUCUCAACAAGCUGGCCAACUACACCAACCUGACCCAGGGCGUCCGAGAGCACGAGGAGGCCGAGGAUGGAGUCAGGAGGGUCGCUGUCAUGGUCCCCCAGAUGGGAACAUUUAUCGGGGUUUACCUGCCCUGCAUGCAGAACAUUCUGGGUGUGAUUCUCUUUCUGCGUCUCACCUGGAUUGUCGGUACAGCAGGAAUCCUGGGGUCUUUCGCCAUCGUCUCCAUGUGCUGCAUUUGUACUCUACUCACAGCCAUAUCAAUGAGCGCCAUAGCAACCAACGGAGUCGUCCCAGCUGGCGGUUCAUACUACAUGAUUUCCAGAUCUUUGGGUCCAGAGUUUGGAGGAGCUGUGGGUCUGUGUUUGUACCUGGGAACCACAUUUGCGGGAUCCUUGUACAUCCUGGGCACCAUUGAGAUUCUGCUGACGUACAUUGUUCCAACUGCAAUAGUGUUCAAAGAAAACAACAGCGAAGCAAUGCACAACAACAUGCGCGUCUACGGCACGUGCUGCCUGGUCCUGAUGGCGCUGGUUGUGUUUGUAGGUGUGAAGUAUGUGAACAAACUGGCCCUGGUGUUUCUGUCAUGUGUGGUUCUGUCCAUCAUGGCCACGUAUGCAGGAGUCAUCAAGACGCUCAUCGAACCGCCAGACUUUAAUGUCUGUCUGUUGGGGAAUCGCUCACUGAGGAAUGAAAAUUUUGAAACUUGUGCAAAGACUGACACUAUAAAGAACACCACCAUCCCCACAGAGCUCUGGAGCCUCUUCUGUAGUGGUCAAUAUUCCUAUAAUGAAACCUGUGAUGAAUACUUCACCCUAAACAACCUGACAGAGAUACGGGCCAUACCAGGGCUGCUGAGUGGAGUUAUCAAAGACAACUUGUGGGGUGAUUAUGGCCCAGCUGGUACAGUGAUAGAGAAGCAAAAACAGUCUUCGGUAGCAGCUCAGGUCCCGUCUGAAGAAAAAAAUAUGAACUAUCUCUUCAACGACAUCACGACCUACUUUACUCUGCUGGUGGGAAUUUACUUCCCUUCUGUCACAGGUAUAAUGGCUGGUUCUAACAGGUCUGGUGAUCUGAGAGAUGCCCAGAGGUCCAUCCCAAUAGGAACAAUACUGGCUAUUCUCACCACCUCUUUCAUUUAUAUUUCCUUUGUGGUCCUGUUUGGUGCCUGUAUUGAGGGAGUUGUGCUGAGAGACAAGUUUGGUUACUCAGUAAAGAAGAACCCAGUCAUCGGUAUUCUGGCCUGGCCGUCGCCGUGGGUGAUCGUGAUUGGCUCGUUUUUCUCCUGCUGUGGGGCAGGACUGCAGAGCCUCACUGGUGCCCCCAGGCUUUUGCAGGCCAUCGCUCGGGAUGGCAUCAUCCCAUUCCUACAGGUCUUUGGUCAUGGGAAGGCUAAUGGAGAACCCACAUGGGCUCUUUUGCUGACAGUUGGGAUCUGUGAGAUAGGAAUCCUCAUCGCUUCUCUGGAUGAUGUGGCCCCCAUCCUCUCCAUGUUUUUCCUCAUGUGCUAUCUGUUCGUCAACCUGGCCUGUGCUGUUCAGACUUUGCUCCGAACCCCCAACUGGAGACCUCGUUUUAAGUUUUAUCACUGGACUCUGUCCUUCUUGGGGAUGAGUCUUUGUCUCUCCCUAAUGUUUGUCUCCUCCUGGUACUAUGCCCUGGUUGCUGUGGUGAUUGCUGGCUGUAUCUACAAAUACAUCGAAUACAGGGGGGCAGUGAAAGAAUGGGGAGAUGGGAUCAGAGGUCUGUCCUUAAAUGCAGCACGCUACGCUCUCAUCCGUCUGGAGGAAGCUCCACCACAUACCAAGAACUGGAGGCCUCAGGUGUUGGUGUUGUGUAAACUGGACUCAGACCUGCAAGUGAAACAUCCUCGUCUCUUGUCCUUCACCACGCAGCUCAAAGCAGGGAAAGGACUGACCAUCGUCUGUUCAGUCCUGGAGGGAACCUACAUGACCCGGGGCAACGAUGCCAAGGCUGGAGAGCAGAGUUUGAAAUCCGCCAUGGCUGCAGAGCGGACCAAAGGCUUCUCCCAUGUGGUGGUGUCGUCCAACCUACGAGACGGUUUCUCCAUAUUAAUCCAGUCAGCAGGACUGGGGGGAAUGAAACACAAUGCUGUCCUGAUGGCCUGGCCAGCAGGAUGGAAACAAGCCCAGGACUCCUCAGCCCGGAGGAACUUCAUAGAAACUGUGAGAGAGACGACGGCAGCACAUCAGGCUCUGAUGGUUGCGAAGAACAUCGACCAUUUCCCCGGAAACCAGGAGCGCCUGAAGGAGGGAACCAUUGACGUCUGGUGGAUCGUACACGACGGUGGACUGCUCAUGCUGCUGCCCUUCUUACUCAGUCAGCACAAGGUGUGGAGGAAGUGCCAGAUGCGAAUCUUCACCGUGGCCCAGAUGGAUGACAACUCCAUCCAGAUGAAGAAAGAUCUCCAGAUGUUUCUCUACCAUCUACGCCUGGAUGCAGUGGUGGAGGUGGUGGAGAUGCACGACAGUGAUAUUUCAGCCUUCACCUACGAGAAGACGCUGAUGAUGGAACAGAGAUCUCAGAUGCUCAAACAGAUGCAGCUGUCGCGCACUGAGAGGGAAAGAGAGAUUCAGAGCAUCACUGACGUAUCGCGCGGCUCCAUAAAGAGGAAGAAGUGUUCGUGUGCCCCGCCGCUCUACACUCAGUGCAUUCCAGAGGAGGAGGCCCAGCUGAUUCACGACAGGAACACGGCGUCUCAUUCUUCAGCGAAUGACAAAGCUGUCGGUGCUGCACCAGAUCGGGUUCACAUGACCUGGACCAAAGAGAAACUGAUCAAUGAGAGGAACAAACAACGAGAAGGCAUGGGAGUCAAAGACAUGUUCAAUAUGAAACCUGAGUGGGAGAAUCUCAACCAGUCCAACGUGCGGAGGAUGCACACAGCUGUGAAGCUCAAUGAGGUGGUGGUCAAGAAAUCCCACAAUUCACAGCUGGUCUUGCUCAACAUGCCAGGCCCACCAAAGAACAAGAAAGGGGACGAGAACUAUAUGGAGUUCCUGGAGGUUUUAAUGGAAGGUCUAGACCGUGUCCUGCUGGUUCGAGGAGGAGGUCGGGAGGUCAUCACUAUCUACUCCUAGCACCAAGAGAUUCCUGGUCAUUUGGAAGGUCACUGGGAGGAAACCUGGUCGCACAUUGGAAGACCAGAAGGAAGGGGUUGGUGUGGAUGACAGGAUGCUAAGAUGGGACCAACAUGUGGAACAAAUUCCUUCUACCAUACUUCAGGAGAAAAGCCACACAACAUUUUGGAGAACCAUGGCUGCUGUUAAGGACAGGGGACACUGCCUGCAGCUCAGCCUGAGCUCGCUGCACUUUCUGGGGGUCCACAUGAAUCUACUCCCCCAUCCUCCUGGAGCUUCUUGACUUUGAAAUGACUUUACAGUGCCAGAUGCCACGGAUGUGCCUGCCUUUUGAGAAUAUUCUUCCCUAGUUGUUUUCUGACAUUUCAAGGUGAUAUUCUUUCACCAAACAGGAACACUCUUUCUAUCAUGUUUUUCUGGCCAACAGUCCGAUCGCUGGUUUCACUGAGGAAUGCAGACAGAGUGGAUGGUAUCUUUAUUUAUUGUAGUGGCAAUGGUCAAACUUUUCAUCAGCAUUUAACAAAGAUUUGACUUUGGAACGUGUUUUAAAGCCAAUGUAUUUUGGAAAAUGUAAUCUAAUCAAACCUAAAUGCAGCGAUUACUGUGAACAAAUGUGGCACUAUUGCUUGCAUUUGUAACUUAGAUGGUCUUGGCUAUUGCUUUAGUUGUCAUAGAUAAUAUUAAGUGCCAUGUGCCAAGACUGAUCAAACAAGACAGUUUGUAUGGAUGAACUGCAACUCCUGUGGUUGUAGCAUUUUGCUAAAUCUUAAUCUGUGCUGUAUUUGACUCAUUUUAUAAAAAGCCAGUGGUAGUCUGGUUUAUGAGGUAAACUGAGCAACAUGGAGCUCAUGUAGUAUUUUUUUCACUUAAUUUAGGUUUUUUUAGUCUUCCGCUGACACAGUUAUGUGGAAUGCGUUAUAUGUUGUUUAUCAAAAAAGAAAUAUUGGUUUUUAAAAAAAGUUUGUCGGUCUAUAUAGUGGAGUUCGUAUGUGUGGCUUGUAUGCUGUAGUGUAUCGUGUUAUUUUAUUAUUCUGUCACUGUAAAUGAACUAAUCAUAAAGACAUAUGUCUUAAAAAUAUCAUGUGGACAGUUGGUUUCUGCGUAUAUAAAUGAAAAAAAUAGCACAAAUUAGUGACUUUUGCUGUCCUUUGACACCAUUUUAGAAAACUUUUUAAAAAGUAAAACUACAGUUUGAGGUUGAUGAAGCGUCACAUUAGGCAGAAACUGGCCUCAAGAUUUGCAAAAAGCAGCAUUAAGGGAUUAUCUCUGUUUGUCCCAGAUCUUCACAGUUAAAAUGAAACAGGAUAUAAAUGUUCAUCACAUCCCACUCCCAAAGAUGUUUGCUGCAGAAUAAGAGCAUGACACCUCUUCCUGCUUUGUUACUGACCAUAAACAAUCAGUUUGCCACUUCAUCAAAUGACUUUUGUUUCUUGUCAUUUGCACGAAAAGCAGUUUGCUUGUGAGAACAAUAUGGAUGUACAGUAUUUUGUUUCACAUUUAGGCCAUUAGAGCAUAAUUGUUUUUUGUUAUUGUUGUUUUUGUAGGUGGUGACCUUGAUAUAUUGUCACUGCAUUCAUCAGAGCUAAUAACAAGCUUCAGUUAUUUAAAAACUCAAAAGAAAGGUUUGUAACCCACUUUGAUCUGGGAUUAUCGCCUCAGUGGAACUGGAAUAAAUCUUUGGUCUUCAUGUGCAACACAAA